AUGCUUGAGCCUACACGCCUGGCCCCUGGGCAAGCCAACCAACCAUAUAUCCUAGAAUCAUUAUGCGGCGAAGUCAUCUACAUCCCGCUGUCCAAAUCGGCGACACGCCUCCUCGUCACAGGCAAGGAGAGCGACAAUGCGUUCGCGAUCGUCGGGACGGGUGGUGCGCAAGGCGACCCGAUCGGGUUCCACUACCACCGCGAAGCCCACGACGUCUUUCUGUGCCUGAAAGGCAACGUCAACGUCUGGGCGGACGACCAAUGCCGCACACUUAGCGCGGGAGAUCUCGCCAGCGUCCCGCCCGACACGGUCCAUCAGUACCAGAUACUCGGCGAUUACACCGAGUUCGUGGGCUUGAUCGUGCCUGGCGGCUGGGAGGAGUUCUUCCGGUUCAUUGGCGAACCGUAUGCUGGGCCGCUAUUCCCGUUGGUCGACGAGCGGAAUAUCUUCGAGGUGCUGAUUCCGAAGCUGAAGGCUGCGACUGAGAAGUUUGACAUGAUUCCUGUCAGGGAUCAUCCGGCGGUGCAGCCUCAGCCGUGGCGGGAUGGCGCGGACGAUAAACUGCCGGGUGCUCUGAAGCCCUAUUUUCUGCGUGCUGGUACUGGUCCACGGUUUUUGGUAGGUGGAGUUGUGGUUAGCCCGCUCAUUGGUGCCGCAGAAUCUGAUGGUCGGUUUUCGAUCGCGUGCAUCGAAGGUUCUUCGUGGCACGAGGGUUCGCCAUUGUCCGAGACAUUCCGUUUCGCGAACGUGCAUCAUGCCAUUCAAGUGGUUGACGGCCAGCUGGGGCUGACAAUUGGAGACCAAGAGGCGACGUUAAAUGUUGGUGAGACUGCGUACAUCCCGAAGACUACCUCGUUCAGUAUGCGGGUGCGGAGUCGAUAUAUCAAGUUUUACGUCUUCAUAUCCGGGAAUGGGCUAGCGGACCUUCUAUGUCAGCUUGGGAAGUCUUAUGAUCAGACCAUCCCUCCCGAGAGGCCAGUCGCAUGGGAGAAGGGGGAAAUGGAUCAACUCACACAAAGGCAUUACAGUUGA